CCAAAAUAGGAGGGCUUCCCCCCACCUUUGUCGCCUCGCCACCAUUACUUAUUCUAUUACCUCUUUUUUUCUAGAUGCCACAAGUUCAACCUCAAAUGUGUCUACUUGGCCAAUCGAUCACCGAAAGACGAUGAAUUUCGUGCCAUCGCCAAACGAAAUCAACUGCUGGAAGAAUUAACCCAUCUGAACUCGCAAAUGGGUGCAAUGGAGAAAGAACUGGCUUCGCUCCAAGUAAUAAAGCAGGAAAAGGAUUCCGGUUCUACGGCUUACCCGUCACCUCCCUCAAUCGCCACUUCGUCUCCUCAGGACGAUGCUCGUAGCAAUAUGUCUUUGAGAAAGGAUAGUGAUGCCACUGCGACCUCGGUGGACGGAAAUACACCGUUAAACGACACAGUAACGCUUACUCCCAACAAAAACAGCGAUAUUCAGGCGACGGUGACCAAAAAUCAACAAAACUUAUCGUGGACGUUGACCGUGGCCAAUGGUCAACUGAGCAUUCGCACCGAUGUAUACACUUAUUCCGAUCUCCUGACACAACUGCAACAUCUAUUCGCUACAAUUCAACAGAAUAGCCACUUGUCGCCUGCGUUUCAAUCCUAUUUCUCCAUCAAUCCAUUGUCCAACGUCCUUAAUUUAUUAAUUAGGCGAAAGUAUGGCAAGACCCAGCGUCAUACCGCCGCCAUCUCGGUUAAAUUUCGCCUUCCCGUGGAGACGGAAACCACAGCCGUGACAACCGUAACUCCGACUGACGUUUCACUAUCCGCCACGGCCAUCCGUCUCUUCAAUGCAUAUUUGCAGUGCCAACACUUGAAACACAUGGCGAUUCAUGCCCAAUCAUUUGUUCGCCUCACCAUGGAUCGUGCCGUAUCGAUUGGCUACUCGCCGGCCAUGAUGGCGCUCAGUGCCCUUGUUUGUGCCUUGCCCUGCAAGCAUGUGACCGACGUACUUCCUGUGGCAACCGUGACCCAUUACCGCGAUCUCUACUUUAACCGCGCUUGGGAUCUCGUCUCGGAGCAGUUUGAUGAUAUGUCCCUCGAUACUUUUGCCACCUAUGUCUUUUUGGCCAAUUACAAGCUCGCCCUUUAUCAUCUCGAUGACGCUCGACGUUACGGGGCCAUGGCCGAACGACUUGGCAACAUUCUUGGACCGACCUACAUCCAUUCCUCUCCUGAACAGGAAUCCCUGGAGUCCUGCGGCGAACGGUUGCUGUUCAAGCGAUUAAUGAGUCACCUAGCACGAUUACGUAUUUCCAUGGAUUUGCUGGACAGAGAUUACAAACAUGCCGAGCCUGUGCCUCACAUCCCCUUUGAUAUGUGUUCCCUGGCGCAUCAUCACAGCAAGACCCCGGGAUACGAAAGUGCGAGCGAUGAAUCGGAAGAAGAAAAACGAUGGCUUUUGAUGCAUCACUACGUAUCCAAGUUGCAUAAGCAAGUGCAUGAAGCCAGUUGUUUAACGCAAUCCAGUGACCUCGAAGGUCUGGUGGGCCUAAUGACCCACCGAUGCGAAAUGGCGUUGCGAAGUUGGUACAAUCAGUUGCCGCCCUUGUUUAAGCUGUCGCUCCCUAUUUUCGAUAUUGAUAUUGCGGAUGACGUUUUCUUUGCCACACUCGAACGAGAAUGUCAGCAUGCGAUCAUUCCUGCCCUGACCACACUUCGACUGUACGAAGAGUAUCUCGUCGUUGGACAGUCGUUCUUGCCCAAAAAUCCUCCCACCGCAGAAUACGAAUGGAAAAAUCUUACCAAGUUUUGGCAUGGAGAGAAUUCCAACGAACGGAACAAACCGCGCUCGUACAACGAGAAGUGGGAAAGACGGAUACAAAAGUUACUGGCGUUACGAAAAGCGAUUGAAUUUCAAGGCUCCGACGAAGAGUACCUGAACAUGGUGAAUAGGACGAUACGGUUGCAUGAAACCAACUAUUCUCUGCCGAUGGUGUCUUUGUCAGUCCAUGCUGCUCUGAAUGCCGUUCGUCUUUUGCAGUUUUUACGAUCACGGAACUAUCCUUGCCACUUUGAAAUGACAUCGUUGUUGAAUUCCUGGCAUGUCUUGUUACGUGUCAGUAAACUUCGUCAACAACUUCCGUCUUCGCUCCAGUCCCUACUUCCACGGAUACAAGCGAAUCUGUUCAUCUGUCUCAAUAUGGUUCUGGACGAAUGCCGCCUCAAAUUACAUGAGAAGAAAAUCAGAAAAAUGAUUAACAGCAUGGAAAUGGAACUAAAAGAUCCCUCUAUCUCUCCAGUUCUUUCACAGCCUGUAGCAUAAAUUCGUCUCUUCUCUCGCCCACCAUCCCCCCUCUUGUACACUUGUUUCCGCUUACUUAUUUACAUCUCUGUAUUUUUUCCCCCUACCCGCUCCCAACUCUCGAUGGUUCGUCAUUUUCUGUGAUAUCUACUUAUUUUUAAUAGUAUUAUAUUUUCCAUUUCUCCCCUCCAUUGCAGCAAUAAAUCCUGUUAUUGUAUGCCCAUGAAAAAGAAUGAAAAGAGCCAUCGGUCAGCUGAUGCAAGUAAAAGAUUUGACAAAACUUGUUGCCGAUGCUUUGGU